AUGCCGAAAUUAUCAGUGAUAUUACGUAGUUGUGGUAAAACGAUUAAUCUAGCUAAGACAAAUUGUUAUCAAGUACCUAGGAAACCGCCUUUGAACACGUUAAUUUUUGAAAAAUUACCCGAGCCAAGUUGCGGUGAUAAGGUCACAUGUGGUGUCAAAGGUCCCCCACCAACAAAACCCGUUAGAAUAUGCACGAAAGAAGAUUUGCAAACUUUUUAUUGUCCCCCACCGUGCGAUUGUAAAGUCAAACCCAUUCCUUUGACUUGGACGCAAAAAAUAAUUAAGACGACAAUACUUAUUGUGAAAUCAUUGAUUGUCGGCGGUUUGGUUUACUACACUUGGUCUGAAGGUCUUUGGAGUGACACAGAACAUUCGGCCAUCUUAUAUGAUAAAUUAACAGCUCCAAAAGAAACGAAAUAA